AUGGAAGAAAACAGUGAGGCUGCAAAUUUACCACUUGAAAGAGAGAUAUUAUUACCUGGGAAUAGAGACUCAGAUACACAAGAUACCUUAGAAGUAGAUGCACUGAAAGAUCCCGAUAGAACCAGACAAGAUCAAGCCUCUACCAAGGUUCAGGCUGCUUUCAGGGGUUAUUUGGUAAAUUUCACUCACUCAGAGUCUCAAAGCAAUAGUGUUGUUGCUGUGAAAAUUUGUUGCCUUUGCUUGGUUAUAGGCUUGUCGAGUAUUUUGGACCCUCAAAGGGAUAAUAAGGUUACAGGCACUUGUUCGUGGGCACUUAGUGAGGAGACAAAGCUGUUUCUACUCUACACUCUUCUUGCUUCAUCACCCAUUGUGCCUUUGUGCCACCAGUAUGAUACUACCGAACCGAAUUCAGUCCUAAACUGGCUAGAACGGUGGUCAGAAUCCCACUUGUGGGAACCGAUUCCCCAGCUAAAGAAAGUUCCUGGCUCAAAAUCCCAGAAGAAGCAGGGUAACCCCCAAACUGUUGACACUGAAACAGGCAAGGUAAAGCAGGGCUUUCGGAGGAACCCUCAUUCGAACCUUGAUCACAUCUUAACAAAAUCCACCUUUGAAAUUGAGAAAUUAAGAUGUAGCUUCCGGAAAGUUUCAAGCCAUCCAGCAGAAUCAGUGCAGGAACAUCCACAAAAUGAACUUGAGAAGGUCAAACGCAAUCUGAGAAAGAUUCAAAACCCUAAUACAGAGGGCACCGUUCAGUCGGAGAUUGACAUUGAGAAGCCAAAAUGUGGACAGGAGAGCAUUGGUGAUUCCACUGAGAAGAUAAAGAAAGAAUCAAGUGCCAGAGUGUCCAAACAGCCUGAUAUAGAAGCCACUCUGGAAACAUCAGUAGUGAAUGAGACAAUUGAUUAUUUACAUAAUGAUCAAACUCCAAUGGAACCCCAGCUUUUAGAGAGUAGUGGUAAAGAUGAGACUAUUCUUGCAAGAAACAGGGAGUUAAGCUCUAGAGAAAGUCUAGCUAUCGAUGAGAGCCAGAAAUCUCCCAGGAAGGUUUCUUCCUCAGCAAAGCAUGAACAUUCGGAGAAUGGGUUGCAAAACAAACCAACAUUGCCUAGUUAUAUGGCAGCAAAGCGAAACUGAGAGCGCAAGGCUCUCCAAGGCUUGGCCAAGAUAGUGUUGAGAAGCAAAAUCUCACUAGGCAUUAUUCUUUGCCACCUUCAACUAACAGCAAACAACUUCACCAUCACCAAGGGCAUAGAAACCAAUACAAGCAAGUGGCAAAGUUGGAAACAAAAGCGACAAAUCUUUGUUGUCAUCUAGAGAUGGAAAUGCCAAGGCUAUCCAAGCAGAAUGGCGACGAUUUUGAGGAAAAUCAGGGUCCAAAAAGGUUCCUGUAAGGAGUUAAAAAGUCCAUCGCCACUUCGAGGUUUGUUUGGUGGUGUAUAAUAAUGUUGUAGAAAGAAACCAUCAUAUAUUGACCUGUGCAAGUCUGUAACUAGGCAUGUGGUGUGCCAAAAGCCAUUCCGGGUUUUUCUCUGCAUUUGAGGUGUUUUGAGCGAUGAAGGUGUAUAUUGCAGGCUUGCGUCGUGCCAAACUUUUGAUUAAAUUUAGGAGUGGUUUAGAAUGAUUUAAAUAAGUGUACUUUUUAAUUUUUUUUAUCAAAUAUGGGUUAGGUAUGGGUUAAGUUUGAAUUGAUGUAUUAGAAAGGUGAUAUGAGUUAAAUA